ACUCCCCGCCAGCAGUGUGCCCAGUGUGUGACAUGCAGUAGCAGACAUGGGAGCAAAUCUAGUCCGCGCCUUCAGGAACUUCAAUGUGGAGAGCCGGGCACACCGCCUAAUCGGCAAAGACAAGCCCAGCGCAGCGCCCGCUCACCCGGGCACCAGGGAGGCUAUAGGAGCUAUGCUGUCCAAUCACCCAGGCAUCCAGGAUAAAAUUUCCAAAAAAGAUGAUCAGCUUUUAUCACGGUUGAAAGACGUAUAUGUUGACUCCACAGAUCCGUCGCCCCAGGUAAAAGAAGGCAUCCCCUUACCUAAGCAAGAGGUUUUGAGACCUCUAAAGCAUAUGAUGAGGAAUGAGACUUUUGGAAUCACAGUGGACAACAUUCCUAAGGGAAAGAUUUCUAUUGUUGAGGCACUGUCUGUUUUAAGCAAUCACAAAAAAUCUCCAGAAACAUGGACAGCAGAGAAAAUAGCUGGAGAAUACAAUCUGGACAUUAAGGAUACAAAGGCCAUGUUGGAAUUUUUCACACCUUUUGAUAUAAAAAUCGUUACACCAAAUGAUAAGGAGAAAAUUGCCGAAAAAUAGGACUGCAGUACUAGUUUUGCUUUGUUAAUGUACUUUUAUUUUUGAAUUGUGAAAAUUGUAUAUUGAAAGUAAAUAGGAUUUCUGAUCAGUCUGCGUACAUCAAAGUGGCAAAUGUACACUUUACACUCAUGAUUUCCCUUGCAGAUUGUGGCGCUUGUUACCAUAAAGUGGGCCAUACUAUUUGUUUUGGAGGAGGUGGAUGUUUAGAUGUCUGUUCCCAAUGGGGAGUUCUAAAUUGAGGCAAUAUGUAAAUGGCACAGAUU